AUGGUUCGUUUCCCGCUGCUCGUCCUUGCUGGUGUUUCAUCCUGUCUGGAAGCAGCAUGUGCCUCCUCCAAAGCCUCCAACGCCUGCUCGGCCGUGAGUCUCUCUCGUGCCCUCCCCGACAAUGCCAAAGUCUUGUCAGCCGUCGCGGUUCCGGCCGGCGGUUCCUACGGAGAGGGCUCGGCUAACCUGGCGUACCCAACCAACCCGACCAACAUGCCAGCUACCUGCACCGUCGUCGUCAAUGUAACGACCUCGAAGACGUCCUCGCACCGAUUUGGCCUCUUUAUGCCCACGACCACGUGGAAUCAGCGGUACCUGACCGUCGGUAACGGUGGCUUCUCCGGCGGUAUCAAUUGGCUCGACAUGGGCGCUGGCCUGCAGUACGGCUUCGCUGUUGCGUCCACCGACAUGGGCCACAAUUCUUCCAUGUUUGACAUAACUUGGGCCUUGGGAGAAACGGAGAAGCGUCUCGACUUUGGCUUCCGCGCCACUCACGGUACCACAGUCAUGGCUAAGAAACUAGUUGAAUCCUUUUACGCCUCCAAGAUCAAACACUCAUACUACUCUGGAUGCUCUACUGGCGGCCGCCAGGGUCUCAAGGAAGCCCAGCUGUAUCCCGAAGACUUCGACGGCAUGCUGAUCGGUGCCCCGGCGUGGUGGACGUCCCAUCUCCAGGCCUGGACUACCAAGCUGGGCAUCUACAAUCUGCCCGAGGGUGCGGCAAAUCACAUAGACGCCUCGCUAUAUCCAAUCCUGGCCGCUGAAGCCGUUUCCCAGUGCGACGCCGCUGACGGCCUCAGCGACGGUAUCAUCAGUGCUCCCCACAAGUGCCUCUUCAAUUUAAACAAGAUGCUCUGCUCCGACUGCAAAACUAGCAAUUGCCUCACGACCGAGCAAGCGCAGACGGUGAAGAACAUCUAUUCGGACUACGUCAUCGGCGGCAAGCUCACCUUCCCCGGCCUCGAAAUAGGUUCUGAGGGUCAAUGGGGGGUUUCCAUCUCCGGGUCGGAGCCUGCGUCUCUAGGCCUCCAGUACAUUCAGUACAUGCUGCUAGACAACCCCUCAUGGCCAUGGGAGAAAUAUAAUGACUCCAUAGUCGCCCUCGCCGAUAAGAAGGAUCCUGGCGAUUGCACCGCUGACAACUACGCCGCCAUGGCCGGCUACCGCGCUCGUGGCGGCAAGGUGCUCAUGUACCACGGCAUGGCUGACGCCCUCAUUUCUACCGGAAGCUCUACGCACUUUUACGAGUCGGUCGCCACUACUCUGGGCGGCAUGACCAAGCUCUCUAACUGGUUCCGCUUCUUCCUUGUGCCUGGACUGCAGCAUUGUUCCGGCACUGCAGUCGAUGCCCCCUGGUACUUCGCCGGUGGCAACCAGGCUGGCGCUAUAGGCACGGGGGUGUUCUCGGUCCCCGGUUUCACUGACCCGAAGCACGAUGCCAUGAUGGCACUCAUGGAUUGGGUUGAGAAGGGCACCCCAGUCGAUCGCAUCGUGGCCACCACAUGGGUUAGAGCUACGGAUCCGUCGUCUGGCGUUCUGAGGCAACGCCCCAUCUGUCCUUAUCCUAGCCAUGCCGCCUACAGUGGCAAGGGUGAUGUUAAUGCAGCCACAAGCUGGGUUUGCAAGGAAUGA